AUGGUGUCGGGCCUUGGAUUUGACAUGGUGUCGAACCCCUUCGAAAACCCGCCCCGGGAGGUCCUGUUUGGCAUGGUGUCGGGCCCCGUCCGCGACGGAUCCAUUGACAGAUCCAUUGACAGAUCCAUGGACAGAUCCGUUGACAGCGCCGUUGACGGAUCUGUUGACAGCACUGAUGACAAGCGUGUUGACAGCGCCGGUGGCAGCGCUGUUGACAAAUCCGUUGACAGCACUAUUGACAGACGUACGGACAGUGCCAUUGACAGCGCCGUUGACAGCGCCGUUGACAGAUCCGUUGACAGGCCCAUUGAUAAGCUUGUUGACAGCGCUGGUGACAGGCCCGUUGACAAGCUUGUUGACAGUGCCGUGGGCAGGCCUGACGACUGCGCGAGUGUCAGACCUGGUGACAGCGCUAUUCCGAGCUCCGUUAACACCACCGCUGGCAAGCGUAUGGACAGCGUCAUUGACAGCGCCGUUGACGGCGCCGUUGACAGAUCCGUUGACAGGCCCGUUGACAAGCUUGUUGACAGCACUGGUGACGGGCCCGUUGACAAGUUUGGUGCCAACGCCGUGGGCAAGCCUGUUGACAGGCCUAUGACAGGCGCGGGCUAA